CUAGAGUUAGUAAGUUAUGCUGUACGUAACGCAGUAUCGGGUGAUUUUGUUUUUGUAAUUUUAAUGUAUAAAAUGAAACUUUGUCUACAAGAAAUUUGUGAAUUUGCUUGCACAAAGCCAAGCAAUAAAAACUUCAUUGGAGGUGAGGGUUUUAAAUGCUGGACACGUGAUAAAAUGUGGACAAGUACCAAUCAGUGGUUGCAAUGUUAUAAGUGUUUUAGCUAUUUGUUUACAAACAUUACAUAUUCAUUAUAUUAAAAAUAAUCCCUAUGAAAUAACUGGUCAAAUAAUAAACGACGGUUGAAUAAUUGGAAUGAGUUCUUCUUAUAAGGCAGGUCAUUCGUAAACAUGUCGCAGUAUUACUCCAUUGCAACCGCAAUGAUUUGAAGAGCUUGCCAAUGAUUACUUGCACUCAUAAAAAAUGUGUAUGGAUUGGCCUCAUGAAUCUUCAUUAGAAAAAUAUGAAGAAUUAGCCAAUAUGUUCAAGACUGACACUGUAACCGAAAGUGAAAAACAAGGAGAUGGCAAUGAUGACAUGGAAAUUGAUGUUAAAAAUGCGUCAACCACACAGCCAAUUCCAGGUGCAAGGCGAAAGCCAACUUGUAUAGUCGUCCUUGGAAUGGCUGGUUCAGGAAAAACAACUUUUGUCAAAAAAAUCACGUCCACUUUGUAUAACACUGGUAAACCAUAUGUUAUCAAUCUGGAUCCGGCUUGUUCCGAAGUCCCUUACCCAGCCAAUAUAGACAUUAGAGACACGGUCAACUACAAGGAGGUCAUGAAGCAGUAUGGAUUGGGCCCAAACGGUGGUAUUGUUACGGCACUGAAUUUAUUCUCAACAAAAUUUGACCAGGUGAUAAAACUGAUUGAAAAGGCAGGAGAAGAACACGAAUUUGUUAUAUUGGAUACUCCUGGUCAAAUAGAGGUUUUCACUUGGUCAGCCAGCGGCACGAUCAUAACUGAGGCAUUGGCUUCUGAAUUUCCAACUGUGAUUGUCUAUGUCAUGGAUACUGUGAGGAGCGUCAGCCCAGUUACCUUUAUGUCGAAUAUGCUAUAUGCAUGUUCUAUUCUUUACAAGACCAGACUUCCAUUCGUUAUAGCAAUGAAUAAGAUAGAUGUUGUUGAGCACAGCUAUGCAGUGGAUUGGAUGCAAGAUUUUGAAUCGUUCCAAGAAGCCUUGGAAUCAGAGACUAGCUACAUAAGUAACUUGACACGCAGUUUGGCACUAGCACUUGACGAAUUCUAUUGUCACCUGCGCAGUUGUGGUGUCUCGGCAUUGACCGGGGAUGGAGUUCCCCGCUUCUUCAAGCUGAUUGAAGAAGCGGCCAAAGAAUAUGAAACAGACUACAAGAAAGAUUGGGAGAGAAUCCGCGUGGAGAAUGCAAAAGCACAGGAAGAAGCAAGGAAAGCACAAUUGAAAAAGGCAGCUGCGGAAGGUUCAGGCGAUGUUGUUCCAUUGGUCAGUACAGUUAAUGUUGGCCGUGAGAUAGCAGAUAUCUAUCUGAAACACCCAGCCAACGAGUCUAGCGAUGAUGAAGAAGGCGAAGAGAAUUCUGGAGAUCCAGGAGUGGACGAGGAUGAACGAAAAGAGGCAGAAUCUUUUAAAACUUUUCUUGCAAAACAAAAAGCCGAACAGGACAGACGAGCGAAGUCGCAAAAAAGUGAACCGAGUACCAGCAAAGGAGGCUGACAUAUUUCUCAUCAUAGAAUACACCGUUCAAGAAUAAAGUUGGUUGAUCAUAAAAUUCAUUGAUACCAAAUGUUUAUGGCCCUUGUACCAUGAAAAUCUUUGUACAAAAAUAAACUUUAAUACCUAUCAA